AUGCUUUGGAUCCACGGCGGAGCUUUCACUGGCGGAACUGGCAGCGACCCGACAUUCGACGGUAGCAAUUUAGCCUCAAGAGGUGAUGUUGUGGUCGUCACAAUAAACUACCGCCUGGGAACAUUGGGAUUCCUUGCACUGGAUGAUGGCAACACCAACGGGAACUACGGAUUAGCAGACCAGACCACGGCGCUGGAGUGGGUUCGUCGGAACAUCCAAGACUUCGGCGGCGAUCCAGACAGAAUAACCAUCUUCGGCCAAUCGGCUGGUGCAGGCUCAGUACGGGCACUACUUGCUUCUCCUGCAGCGCGAGGCAAAUUUGCUGGUGCAAUUAUGCAAAGCAAUCUUGGUGGCUUGGCUUAUGGCACAACUUACUCGAAGUACUAUACCAUUGCGGAGGAGAUGGACGUUGUAGGGAAUGCUCUUCUUAACGAGACAAACUGCACAAAUGCUGCUUCACCGGUCGAGUGUUUGAGACAACUCCCCGCGACAACAAUUGCAAAUCUAGCUGACUCGGCGCGGUAUCUGGUUGUUGAUGGCGUCUACCUCCGAAGCUCGGAGCUGGAUUUGAUAAACCCAGCAUCAACUGCCAAUGUGCCUUUGAUGAUCGGUACGAUGAGAGACGAUGGCGCUGCCAUGAUUGGUUAUCCUGCAGUGGGACAAACUCUGAAGUCCUUCCUCAAUGAAUCUGGCCUGCCUGACUCAGUUGCACCAAGUCAACUCUUCCCCGUGCCAUCAACCGCUAAUGCUACGCUUGAUAUCUUCAAUACCUCCUCCCGCAUAGCCACAGAUGGAAUGUUCCGCUGUAUUGAUCAAGCAACUGCAUAUGCAGCCUCGAGAACCCAUGUCUUCCCCGAUAUCUUCUACUACGAGUUCAGCCGUUCAUACCAAAUGCCCGGCUGGUCCCCCAAUGCCCCGGUGUGCAAUGCUCCCACCACGGAUGAGUUCCCGAAUGGUGACCCGAGCCAGGAGUACUUUAAAUGCCAUUCUGGUGAGCUGUUCUACGUGUUUGGCAGUUUCCGUCGUCAGGGUUUACCGUUUCGGGAUGAGUUCGAUCUGCCAUUUGCGCAGUAUGUGCUAGAUUCUUGGGCAAGUUUUGCAAGGGUGGCUAGGCCUACCCCUGACUUGGCAUUUUUGAAGGCAAGAGGAUAUAGUAAUACAAUUCGAGAGAUUGAGGCAAGCGAGCCGUGGGAGCCGUUUGGUAAAGAAAGUCAGCUUCGGCUGCUUCAGUGGCCAUCUGGGAUGAGGGAUUUGAAUGAGUUGGAACAAUGCCGUGCUUUAGAAUUGUCUUUGGAUUACUUCGGCUCUUAG